UUAAUCACUCAUGUGGUUGAGAGCUGUUGGCAAGCCGAGCUCCACGCGCAGCAGAGAGAGGAAGAAAAAAGAAAAACAGAAGAGGGGGAAGAUAGAAACUUUAUGUGGUGGGGGAGAAAGGAGAGAAACAAGAAGGGAGGAAACACUGAGGUGGAGAACUUAAGAGGAGAGUUAUCUUUGGUGACACCUCUGAGCUGAAGACAAGUCCAGUCUACAACCAGGCUGAGAGGAGAGGACGUGACCAAAACCUCUAACAAUCAAGACCUAAAGGAGCCCAGGUUCUCCUUAAAUCAAGGCCCAGAUUUCUCCUGAUUCUACUGAAGAGGUCUCCAUCGACGCUGCCGUCCAGAUCGGAGUAUGUCCUGCCAUCCCUGUCACCCUUGCCGCUGACCAAGGCGCUGGGCAUGAUCUCACACUACCCUCUGACCACGCUGCUGCCCUGGCCGACGGGUCCCAACCACCACCACUACUCAGACCUGGACUGCAGCUUACUGCUGGAGGGGGAGGGAGGGGUCUCCCUGCAGAGGUACCAGCCUCGCUCCCCAGAGAGCAGCCCCCGACACUGGAGCUCAGUGCAGGACUGGGGGGAGGAAGUCGAGGAAGGAGCCAUCUACAAUGUGACACUGAAGAGGGUACAGAUUCAGCAGGCGGCCAACAAGGGGGCGAGAUGGCUCGGGGCGGAAGGCGACCGCCUGCCUCCCGGUCACACGGUGAGCCAGCUGGAGACCUGCAAAAUCCGAAGCAUCCGCGCCGGAACACUGGAGCGUCUGGUGGAGACGUUACUGACGGCGUUUGGAGACAAUGACCUCACCUACACCUCCAUCUUCCUGUCCACCUACAGAGCCUUCGCCAGCACACAGACGGUCCUGCAGCUGCUGCUAGACAGGUAUGGAAGCGUUGAGGAAAAUGAUCAAAACACUGGCAGAUGCAAAGGCUCUGAAACAAAUGGAGCCAUCAAAAGUGCCUUGGCCUCCAUCCUGCGUGCCUGGCUGGACCAGUGUCCUGAAGACUUCCAGGAGCCGCCUGACUACCCGUGUCUCCACAGGCUGAUGGACUACCUGCGCAGGGCCCUGCCAGGCUCUGAGGCUCUUAGACGGGCAGAGGGUCUGCUGGAGCAGCUGCAGAGUCAGGCCGGCAUGGACGACUCCGAUGCUGGUUUCCACGGCAACAGCUCUUUCUGCCUGGGGGAAGAGGAGGAAGUGGAGAUCGAGGUCCAGGAGGACUUCCUGUCGUUCGACUCCGACCUGGUGGCUGAGCAGCUGACCUACAUGGAUGCGCUGCUGUUUAAAAAGGUGGUGCCCCACCACUGCCUGGGCUCCGUCUGGUCUCAGAGGGAUAAGAAGCACAACAAGCACAGCGCCCCCACCAUUCGUGCCACCAUCACGCAGUUUAACGCUGUGGCGGCCUGCGUGGUCAGCACGGUGCUGAAACACAGGCAGAUCAGACCGCAUGCCAGAGCGCGGGUCAUCCAGCGCUGGAUAGACAUCGCUCAGGAGUGUCGAAUACGCAAAAACUUCUCGUCUCUGCGAGCCAUUGUGUCAGCGCUGCAGUCCAACCCUCUGUACAGGCUGAAAAGAGUAUGGGCCUGUGUGCACAAAGACAGCAUGCAGACAUUUGAGGAACUGUCGGACAUUUUCUCCGAUCACAACAACUACCUGACCAGCAGAGAGCUCCUCAUGAGGGAAGGCACUUCAAAGUUUGCCAGUCUGGAGAGUUGUGCCAAGGAGCACCAGAAACGCACCCACAAGAGACUACAGUUGCAGAAGGAAAUGGGAGCCAUGCAAGGAACGAUACCAUACUUGGGGACCUUCCUAACUGACCUGACCAUGCUGGAUACGGCCCUGCCUGACCUAGUAGAGGGUGGUCUGAACAACUUCGAGAAGAGACGCAGGGAGUUUGAGGUGAUCGCUCAGAUCAAGCUGCUCCAGUCGGCCUGCAACAGCUACUGUCUGGCUCCAGAGCCGGCCUUCCUCCGCUGGUUUAAGAGCCAGGUUCAGCUCAGCGAAGAAGAAAGCUACGCCUUGUCCUGUGAGAUUGAAGGUCUCGGUGACAGCAGUCCAACCUCACCCAAACCUCGAAAAAGCAUGGUGAAGAGACUCAGCCUGCUGUUUCUUGGACCAGACAACAGUGCAGCCAGUUCUCCAGUCAGAGAGACGCCGCGCUCGCCUCCUACUGGCAGCUCAGGGGAGAGCAUGGACUCCGUCAGUGUGUCCUCCAGUGACUCCAGCGGCCCGUCGGACAGCGAGGGCCUCACCCCCACUCACACCUCCGACUCCCAGCAAAACAAGCUAUCAGAAUCCUCCUCUUGUAAUUCACUCCACUCCAUGGACACCAGCUCGUCGACAGCCAGCGUCUCCAUGACUCCUGCAUCUCCCCCACUCCGGCCCCCCUGCACCCACAGACGCUCCAUCUCCCUCACACCCAUGUCCCCCAGCUCCCCCAGUCAAAGCCCAGCGUACAACACCCAGGCCCAGGACGCAUGCAUCAUAAGAGUUAGUCUGGAGCACGGCAACGGGAAUCUCUACAAGAGCAUACUGUUGACCAAUCAAGACAAGACUCCGGCUGUAAUUUCUAGAGCCAUGGCGAAGCACAACCUGGAGGUGGAGCCAGAGGAGGGAUACGAGCUGGUACAAGUCAUCUCUGAGGAGAGAGAACUGGUGAUCCCAGACAACGCCAACGUCUUCUACGCCAUGAACACCACCGCCAACUAUGACUUCCUGCUGCGGGUGCGAGGCUCGGCGAGUCGAACGGUCCAGCUCCGGAGCCGCUGUAGCUCCACGCUCCCUCGCGCCCAGCACCGCUCCAGCCUGUCACUGAGACUCAGCAAGGUCACGCUGUGACCCCGGGACUGCAGGGACCCAGCGGUUUGCCCUUACACCACUAAACCAGGAUCAUACAGGGUCACGGACUUGAUGUGACCUGUUGGAGUUUUAGACGAAGACGCUGGAGGGAAUGAAUGGACGAGGAGCUCUGGAGGAUUCAAGAAGGAACACAAGGAGUCCUCAGACUUUUUAAAGAGCUCCAAUUUGACUCUUAUCUUGCCGGUUGAGUCUCACCGUGAACUCUGACCCUCUUGUCCUUUUUGCCCGGCCUUACUAUGGAGCGAUGUGUAGCGUGACUGACUGCUGUGCCAGUGGGACUUGACUUUUGACUAGUGAUGCCUGUGACAGAGUUGAAACAGCGACCCCUAGUGGCCCUCAGCUCUUUACAACAGCAGGUUUUUGCACAUGUUAUGGGAGCAUCCGAACUCCCGACCUCCAACAGUAUUCUGAUAGUGAACAAACUUCUGUUUGCCUUGUGAAGUCUGUGUAGCUGAAUAUUCACUUUACUGGUGAUAGAAGUGUGAUGAAUGCAGAAAAGAGAAGAGGGAUGGUGGAAUAGAAGGAGAAGUGGACGGAGUGUCCAGUCCUGUUGCCUCUACCGAUGAAUGAAUGGACCUCUGAUAGUAUUUUCUGAAUGAUAUUAAUUGAUUAAUUGAUUGACAGGAGCUGUGAUGUCAUUGUUUUCCCUCGUCGGACGUGUUUACCUGCCGUGUCCGGCUCGUGCACAGUGUGCACUGUGUUUGUGUGUUUGUUUGUGUGUGUGUUUGUUUUCAACCCCUCUCAUAUUGUGAGCUGUGUGACGAAUGUUACGUGCAUUCUGAUUGGUUCCCUUUACUUGGUUUUAACAAGUCCAUGGCAACUAUUGUAACGGCCUUAGCUGCCCUACCUUAAGGGUUUAGAGAUGAAAUCUGUGCUGAUUUCUAAUCCAGAGAGAUGUUUCCUCACCUCCUCACAUUUUAAGACUUAUUUUUUAAAUAAAUAAAUACAAAUAAAUUGAUUGUGCAAGAACAGGGAGGAGGAGGAGGAGGAGGAGGAAACUGACUUCCUGGAAUGGAAAACGCCAAGUGUCUCAAACUGAUUUAUACUUGUACCUCUUUGCCCUUCAUUAUAUGAACUAUAGAGUGAGUUGCACUUGUCAGUUGGUAGGUGAAGCCAAUUGGAUGUGAAUAUAGAAGAGUGAACAAGCCGCUCUGUAAGUGGUUUCUCCCCCUUCUUCACUAAAUGAAUUCCUAUUUUUGUUUGUAAUUGUUGCUUUUUAUAUGUUUUUCGUACCACAAUUCAAACCAGACACGUAUGACAGAUUGGAGAGCGAUGAAGUUAAUGUUAACAAAUUCAGAGGAGUCGUUAAAAAAAAAAAAAAAAAAAAAAAAAAAAAAAAAAGACGCCAGUACCAGAUUUUACUGUGAUACAUGUGGAAAUCUUUACUUAGGGACACGUCACUUCAUUGCACACAAGCCAAACACCUCCUCACACGGUAAACCCCCAUCUGUUUCCAACACCAUCAUAGUUUCACAGCGACACUUCUCACCUGUCACAUCACAGAUAAACACUCCUUUGAGCCUUUUGUUUUUUUCUCUUGCAGUUAUAAUCCACUCCCACAGGUCUUACACAGUAUCGUGCCAAUUUGUCCAACCAGUUAAUGUUCCUCGGUUGAUGGUUAAAUUCCCUCUGGGAGAACUGGUUCACUGUUGGCCUUGUGUUAAUGGUCCAUUUGGGCCAAUUAUUUGUCUCCAUGCAGCACUUCACUUUAAAAUGUUCUUAUUAAAUCACCCUCAGUUCCUGUGUUCUUCACUGCCAAAGACUCUUACUCUACCUGAAUAAAUAAAUAAAUUAUUAUCAUUGUUA